AUGACCAGGCAAGAGCUCAUGCUUUCUGCUUCCACUGUCCCUCUCUCGAAGCCACCACUUGCGAUCGCUCUUGUUUGCUCUCGAAGGCUUAUACCGGCUUAUAGCGCCAACACAAGCCCAAACUUCAUCGCUCAAUCCAGCCCCUCUAAGCAGUUAUUCAGGCCCACCGCCUUCGGAUCUCCUGUUAACCGGAUACCUUUACUGCCCGCUUUUCAAAAAGCUCCUCCCAUUCCAGCUAGGGCUUUCUCUACUUCGACCACCAAUAAGAUGAUUGUUACACCUCUCACGAAACUGCUCGGCAUCCGAAUUCCAGCCGUGCAAGGAGGAAUGCAAUGGGUUGGUCUCCCUCCUAUGGUAGCGGCUGUGUCAAACGCUGGCGGUUUGGGCGUCUUGACUGCCCUCUCCCAACCCUCUCCAGACGCUCUUCGAGUCGCGAUCCGCGAGACCCGGAAACUGACUUCGAAGCCCUUUGGUGUCAACAUCACCCUCCUACCAAGCAUUAACCCUCCCGACUAUGCUGGUUAUGCCCGAGUUUCUGUUGAGGAAGGGGUCAAGAUCUUUGAGACUGCAGGAAACAAUCCUGGACCCCUGAUCCAAUACUUCAAGAGCCAAGGUUGCAUUGUUAUUCACAAAUGUACGACCAUUAGGCACGCCAAGAGCGCUGAGAAGCUGGGCGUUGAUGUGUUGAGUAUCGACGGCUUCGAGUGUGCUGGUCAUCCUGGCGAGGACGACAUCGGCGGUCUUGUCUUGUUGGCCAGGGCUGUCAAGGAACUCAAGGUUCCAUUCAUUGCCUCUGGCGGUAUCGCUGACGCUCGAGGAUUUGCUGCUGCUCUCGCUCUUGGUGCAGCUGGUGUUAACAUGGGGACACGUUUCAUGUGCACGGUUGAGGCUCCUAUCCACCAAAAUAUCAAAGAGAAAAUCGUUGCUUCAACAGAGCGAGACACGAUUCAUAUCUUCCGCAGUCUUCGUAACACGGCCCGUGUUUACAAGAACAAAGUCGCCAUGGAGGUUGUAGAAAUUGAACGUCGCGGAAAUGCCAAAUUCGAGGAUAUCAAGGAUCUCGUCUCCGGAGCUCGUGGACGCUUGGUGUACGAGAAAGGUGACCCUGACCUUGGAAUCUGGAGUGCUGGCGUUACUGUGGGCUUGAUUAACGAUAUCCCCACCUGCGAACAACUGUUGAAGGACCUGGAGAAGGGCGUCGAGGAAAUCGUAGCCGGUAUGAACAAGGUCGUUGUGUCUGAGGGCUCGGCGUCCUGUCCAGUUUCUGGCAAGGCUAAACUGUAA